CGUCUUGAUCGUGACAAUAAUUAGCAUCCAGCGGCAGGGAUCGACAGUUUAAUUAUGUUGCUGGAGCGAACAGCAUCGGCGAUAGCUGCAGCGAGUUUUGUGUUUAGUUAAGAAUAGUUUUUUUUUCAUCAUCCAAAGAUUUCCAUCACCGAUGGGUCAAUAUCGGAUGCAUUUAUUCGGUACAACAUUCGUGCUGGUGUGUUUCCUAUGUUUGUUAUGUCAACUUCGUGUGAAUGGAGCACCGGUAGUGCCCAUGAAGGAAAUGAUUGAUUUUAUGCGACGUUUUGGCUAUUUGGAGAAGGGACCAUCGCAGGCGGAAGCCUUGUACAGUGGCGAUGCAAUUGUGGAUGCCAUUAAGCAUGUGCAGAAGUUCGGGGCUUUAACAGAAACGGGCGUUUUAGAUCAAGCAACAAUCAAGCUGAUGUCAACGCCCCGAUGCGGCGUGGCCGAUGUGAUGCAGCACGAUCAAUCAUUGCGCCACCGGCGGUACGUGAUCGGAUCGGAAAGUUGGCGGAAGCGGCGCAUAACAUACUUCAUUGCGAACUGGUCCAGCAAGGUAGGUGAGGACGCGGUGGCCAAGUUUAUGGCCAAAGCGUUCGGCGAGUGGAGCAAGUACAGCAAGCUGCGCUUCGUACGCGUGUACGACCCAUCGGCAGAUAUUAUUGUCGGGUUUGGCAGUGGCCAUCACGGGGACAAUUAUCCAUUCGAUGGACCAGGAAAUGUGUUGGCUCACGCGUUCUAUCCGUACGAAAUGAAUGCCUACGGUGGUGAUGUCCACUUUGAUGAGGACGAAAACUGGAAGGAAAACUCGACACAUCUUAGCGAAGGUGUGGACUUUUACUCCGUCGCCAUACACGAGCUGGGCCAUUCGCUGGGGCUUGCCCAUUCUCCGGUUUACUCGUCGCUAAUGUUCCCUUACUACAAAGGAAUCGCUCAGGGCACGCUGGAUUACGAUGAUAUCUUGGCGAUGUACCAGCUGUACAUACAAAACCCUCACAUUACCGAUGACCCAGAUUGGAUGUACACUACCGAAUCGGUAACAUCCGUGGACGAGUUUGUUACCGUUACACCAGCACCGAGACUACCCGAAUGGGAGAGUGAUCCAUACCCGGAGCAGGAACCGGUCAUUACUAGCACCACUACGUCCUCAACGACACAAAUCUACGACAUCCCAAUCACCUUCGUCGGUGACUACGAAACCGUAGACGACCAUAUCAGUCGGCACCAUUCCCAGUCACCUACGGCGGUCGUGACGACGCAGGUGCCAACCACGUACGUACCGGUGCCGGACAUAUGCAGCGGUAGUUUCGAUGCGAUCGGAUUGUUACGGGGUGAAAUAUUCAUCUUCAAGGGUCCGUACCUGUGGCGGCUGACGGAGAAAUAUCGCAUCAAGGAAGGUUAUCCCGUUCGCAUUUGGCAGGUGUUCCGGGGAUUCCCCAAAACCGUCAGCCACAUUGAUGCCGUGUACGAGCGAUUGGAUGAUAAUGCGAUCGUACUGUUUUCCGGCCGCUUCUACUGGGUGUUUGAUGCGCUUAACUUCCUUCACCCGGAAGUGCGCCCACUGACGGACUUUGGCCUACCGGAAGACCUCAAGCGUAUCGAUGCGGCGCUGGUUUGGCCGAAAAACAACAAGACCUACCUGUUUGCGGGUCAUCGUUUCUGGCGCUACAAUGAUACGGCCGGCGAGAUGGAUGAAGGCUAUCCAUCAUCCAUGGACCGUUGGUUUGGUAUACCGAAUAAUAUUGACGCCGCCACGGCCGUCGCAAGCGGCAAGACGUACUUCUUCAAGGGAAAUUACUACUGGCUGUACAAUAACACCCGGGUACGCCCGGAACCUGGAUACCCUCGACGGACCGGAACUAUAUGGCUCGGAUGCCGAUAAGAUGCAACUGGUGCAUUACGGUCUUCAAUAGAUUUCGCGCUAGGAAGGAAGAAAUACAACGACAAAGCGUAAUAUGAUUUUUAUUUUGCCAAAGUUUUUCUAUUCUUGUUCCCACUUAGUAACAUUAGUACAUAAUUAAUGUCUUUCUUGAAGAUAAA